GGGGACAUAACGGCCCGGGAGCAGAGCGACGCCGACAGAUUAGAGGGUUGGGUUGAUAAUAGGGCACUGUAGAGGUGCUCCCAGAGUGAUUUCUUGCCAUCGAGUGCGCAAGGAGAAACAAAGCGAGAUGGGGAGGAUGGCUUUCCUGUCUGCCCUCUGCCUCUGCCUGUCCUGGCUGGCUGCUCGUGGUCCGGCUGCGGCCGCCGCAACUGAGAACAAUUUUGAGGAAAUUGAGAGCAAGUUUUCCUUACGGACGCCUGCAGAGCCCGAUGAGGAUGUCUGCUACCUGGUUCCUGGGCAGGUGAACAGCCUGGCACAGUGUAACUUCAACCAUACCAGUAAAACCUUUGUGGUGAUCCAUGGGUGGACGGUGACAGGAAUGUAUGAAAGUUGGGUCCCAAAGCUGGUGGAUGCCCUGUACAAGAGAGAACCUAAUUCAAACGUCAUUGUGGUGGACUGGCUAAUUCGAGCUCAGCAGCACUACCCAGUGUCUGCUGCGUACACUAAGCUAGUGGGAAAGGAUGUUGCUAAGUUUAUUGACUGGAUGGAGGAACAAUUCAAUUAUCCUCUCAACAAUGUCCACUUGCUGGGGUACAGUCUAGGUGCUCAUGCUGCUGGGAUUGCUGGGAGCCUGACAAAAAAGAAAGUGAAUAGAAUUACUGGACUGGAUCCAGCUGGUCCUACCUUUGAGUAUGCUGAUGCCCUCACCCGCCUCUCCCCGGAUGAUGCUGACUUUGUGGAUGUCCUACACACAUACACUCGAGGCUCUCCAGACCGAAGCAUUGGGAUCCAGAAGCCUGUUGGACACAUUGAUAUUUAUCCUAAUGGUGGAGGUUUCCAGCCAGGUUGCAACUUGGGAGAAGCACUUCGUCUGAUUGCUGAGAAAGGGUUUGCAGAUGUGGAUCAGCUGGUAAAAUGCUCCCAUGAACGAUCCAUCCACCUCUUCAUUGACUCUCUCCUUUAUGAAGAAAAGCCUAGCAUGGCCUACCGCUGUAACACAAAGGAGGCCUUCGAGAAGGGUCUCUGCCUGAGCUGCCGGAAAAACCGCUGCAACAACUUGGGUUACAAAGUCAACAGAGUGAGAACAAAGAGAAACACCAAAAUGUACUUGAAGACCCGUGCUCAGAUGCCCUAUAAAGUCUUUCAUUACCAGGUCAAGAUCCAUUUCUUUGGCAAGACUAAUACGACCAAGACAAACCAGCCAUUCCUGAUCUCUCUUUAUGGCACUCUAGAUGAGAGUGAGAACAUUGCAUUCACACUGCCUGAAGUCUCUUCAAACAAGACCUUCUCCUUCCUGAUUUACACAGAAGUGGACAUUGGUGACCUGCUUAUGCUUAAGCUGCAGUGGGAGAAAGACACCUUCUUCAGCUGGUCAGACUGGUGGACUCCUUUUACAUUUGAUAUCCAGAGAGUCAGAGUGAAGUCAGGAGAAACUCAAAAGAAAGUGGUGUUCUGUUCUCGAGAUGGCACCUCGCAUCUCAGUAAGGGAGAAGAUGCAGCAAUAUUCGUGAAAUGCUUGGACCAGCCUGUCAACACAAAAAAAGGAGGUGCCAAGAAAGCCUCUAGAGAAAAUUCUGCUCAUGAAUCUGCUUAAGUGACAAGAAUAAAGAUUUUUCCGAAGUGGGGAGGAGAAGUCUGUUCAUCCCUGUGGACUGGAUGUUCAGAACAAAAUAUAUAGAGAUAUUUAUCUGCUGCUGGCUUUUUGCCUGCUAUUCCUAGCUAUCUUAGGAAACUUCUUGUAAGGAAGUCUUAGCAUACAAAGUUACUAACCAUAAAAAUACAUUGUCCAAAUAGUUUAAAAGAAACCCACAAAACAACUUGCCAAAGGCUUGAGUGCUGGGAAGGGGUGAUUAAUUCUGCUUUAUCAUGGUGCCUUGUGACAAGGCUUCUUGACAUCAAACUUCUAUAGCUGUUUUCUAGUAUUUAUUGAAAAGAAGUAAAGCCCGGUACAUGGCUUUUCUUUCUUUUUAGGAGUCUUCUGAAACUGGGCAUGUUUUUUUUGACUGAGCUUACUGAAUUUUUAAUCAGUUCAGUGGCUAGUGUUCAUUGUCUUCAAGCGUGUGUUUAGCAAAUGAAUAGGUUUCUCAUGUAGAAAAGCGUUUGCUGUGUGUCAUACUGAAAGGUGUCAGGGUCUGACUUUAUGUGGGGAUGAAUUUUCUAGUUUGUGGUUGUGAAUGUGUUUUACUGGAGGUAGAUGCCAGUUCUGCUUAACAAUAGGUAUGAUCUGUUAAGCUAUAUACUUCUAUGCAGCUUACCCUGGAACAAAUAGCAGUUGUAGGAGACAGCAAUACCAGUGUUCUAUGCAGACAUUCAUCUUUACACCUGUGCUUUCAUUCCUUGAAAAUAAAACCAACACUGUGUGAACAAGAGACUGGAAAUGAACUGAGCUGUUAGAAAAUGUGGGAAACAGAUUUAUUUUUUUUUCCCUCCACAACUUGUAUCCUGAGUAUUAGGUUGUGACAGUUUCUCUGCUCUUCGACAUAAAAUGUCUGAGUGGCUGCUGUAUGCAGUCUUUAUGCAAGUGAAUCCACUUGAGAGGUGACAAGCAUGUUCCUGCUUUCCUGUACUGGAAUUGAUUGCUCGUGAUCCUCCCCAGUUUGUUGCUUGGCUGUGGUACAGCACUACAUCCUGGGACCUGCUUGGGUUUCUGAUAUGAGGUAAAAUUCAGCAUGGAGCAGGAGUUGUGACAGUUAAAAGGAGCCAGGUUGUAUGAUGCAAAACAAAGAAUGCUCUGAAAAACACUUGACAUAGACAUGCAAAAACACUUGACAUAGAUAUGCAGCAUGUUGCCAAAACCAGAUGUAUCUAAGGCAUUUUGCUUCUCUUUUUAAGUAGCAUGUAAUUUUUCUAGUGCUCUGAAAGAUUCAGCAGCCCUCAGCUUUAUAGAAGAUAAACAAAAUACUUGGGAGGAAGGACUGGAAGGUAGACACUUGGAGAAGUGUAAUGUGAGCAAUAGAUGUUGGGUUUCAUAGUCUUUUCCUGUAUAUGUAAGACUGUGGAGGUGGUGAUUUGUCUAGAGUCAUCCCAUCUUGAAAGCGAAAACAACAGGUAUGCAUUUGUGUGCACAGUUAAUGUGUUCUUUCCAGCUGUGGCUGCUAGUAUAUUUGGGGAUAAAAGUCUUAACAGUGCAAUAUGUUGGAGUGUUAAUGAUUCUGGAAUUACAUUUGAUUCCUAACCCUUAAAGCACAGCAGAGUUGUGAUGAGUCACUGAGAGUGGGGUUGAGUAUUGAGCCACUGCAUCUGAGACCUCUAAAAAUAAAUACAGUAUUUUAGUCCCUAUAGAAUUCACAUUUUGUUGCAAUUUUCUGUUAUGUUCUUCAGGAAAACAAAGUGUCUGAAUAGGUGCCUACUUCAUACAGCAUAAAAUACAAACACAGAUACAAAAUAGUGAAAGUUCUUGUACAUGAGGACACAUGAUUUAGCUUUGAAUGUUAUUUAUUAGCUGUAUAUAAGAUAUGUAUGUGUGUAAAGGUAGUUUGUAUAUAUUGCUAAAGUUGCUGAUAGUCUUUACAUUAAUACAGUUGUGCAGUAUUAACCCUGUAUAUAGCUUUCAAAGAUUUUUAUCAACCAGCCACUUGUACUGCAUUAUUUCCUAUGUGGUUAAUAAACUUUUUUUAAAAUUAGAGCUCUUCAGUUUUGUACAGAAUGGAAACCUAUGGUUUUAAUAAAUUUCUCUAAUUGAUGCCAAAGUC